UGUUGCCUUGGGUUUUUGUGAUUGCAAGGUCACAAUUUCACGAUUUGCCUUUUUAAGUUUCUUAAUUGUUGAAUACUAUUUAUAUUCAUUAAAUUCAGAAAUUUUUUUAACGCAAUUCAUGAUCUCUUAGAAGAUAAUUGAGUUUAAUAAUGUAACUCUAAUAAAACGCAAUUACAUGAGUGAAUAUCAUUUUUCCCGCCAGUAAUUUCAAAUUUAACCUAAAAGUGUGUUACUAAGCAGCAAAAUUGUUAUUUACAGUUAAACGUCACUAUUAAUUUAACUCGAUUGUUUAUUAUUGUUUUUUAUCAUUUAUUUGUGUUUUUUAAUGCUGGUACCUUGAAAUUCAACGUUAAUAUUGAUACAAGACUUCCUUGGUGUACUAAUUAUUUAGAGCUCAGCGACAUACCUCUGGAUUAUAUUAAACAGGAAGCGAUUUCUGCUAAACACAGCAAAGUGUAUCACCAGCCAAAUAACCUUUUUGGUAAUAUUCAUUGAAUCAAAAAUGGCUCCCCCGAUUUCAGCCAAUUUCACCAAAUUAAAGACCAAUUUGCGUCUUUCGAUUCAAAGACUGAGACUGCUUGGUAAAAAGAAAACAGAACUGACUCAAAAAUCAAGAACAGAAAUUGGAAGUUACAUAUUUACUGGUAAAAUCGAUCGAGCCAGAAUCCGUGUUGAACACAUCAUAAGGGAAGACUAUCUGGUUGAAGCUUUUGAAAUGCUUGAAAUGUAUUGUGAUCUUUUAUUGACUCGCUUUGGUAUGAUUGAACAAAUGAGAACAGUUGAUGAAGGAUUGGUCGAAGCCAUUUCAUCCAUCAUUUGGGCAUCCCAUAAGAUUGAAGGCUGUCCAGAAUUGAAAGUUGUUGCUGAUCUGCUGUCUAAAAAGUAUGGUAAACAGUUUGCGAUUGCAGCUCGAGACAACUCACUGGGAAGAGUGAAUAAAAAGCUUCUUCAUCGAUUGGGUGUUGAAAUUCCACCUAAAGUCUUAGUGGAAAAGUAUUUAGUCGAGAUUUCAAAAAGCAUGGACUUAGCAUAUGAACCAGACCCAACCAUACUUAAUGCAAACAAUUUGAAUAUUAUGGAUAAAUUUUUGUUGGAUCUUGAAACGAAUGACCCUAAUCCACCUUUGAUACCGUCAAUUCCUCCAAAUUCAUCACCAUCUUCAACAAUUCCUGAUGAACUCGCCGUAUCAACAUCAAAUGGAAAUAAAAUUAACCCACAGGAACUAGAUAAUAACAUAUUGAGCUUGAACGAUGAUGUGGAUGACAUUGAGAAUUUCUUACCUGAAGUACCUUCUUCCUUACCUGAGCUCCCUAGUCAAAAAGACUUUAAUCAACAAGAAACAGUCAAGCUCAAAACAGAUUUAGACUUUGAAGAGUUAACCAAAAGAUUUGAGGCCCUCAAGAAGUCUAAAUGAACACUAUUAACAGUUAUUGUUGCUUAACCAAAGCUAAAUUUUCGUUAUCUUUUAUUGUUGGCGUAUCAACUUUGUAAUACGAUAUUUUUUGUUAUUCAAUGUCAUCGGAUCGACAUGUUACUUGGUCCACAGUUAAAGUUAAGUUGGUUAAAUUAAAUGCAUUCAAUGUUUCUAUUCAACUUUUCAUCAAUCAAAUGAUUGUUUGGCUCAGAGAUUAAUUGAGUAAAUGCAAAUAUUGAUAAUGAUGUUUUAGUCUAGAGAUAAUUUUACAACUACCGAUAUUAUGAUAAAAUAUUAAAAUCGGAUAACUUGUCAAUAAAGUCACAAUUAUUUACUCUAA